GAGGGUUUUCCAGAUUCUCACCAGCUGACGUGCAGCCCUGGAAUGUGGCACACCCAGGGUCUCGGGAACAGCAGUCAUCCCAGUGACUAAGAAGGAAGGCAAACCAAGAAGCAGCCUGAUCUCCCAUUGCUCUCUGUGGCAUCAUCCCAAAUAAUGUCAGCCGGAUGCUGAGCAGGCAGCGUAUGAUUGGAUGCAGCAUUCAAAUAUAUGAAGAGAAGGAUGGCAAAAAGAUGCAAAAUAUGAGUCAAGUAGAAGAAAUAUUUCUUUGCUAUUCAAGCAUGCACAAGCAACCUUCACUGACAGCAUCAGGAAAGUGCAGCAUAACCUGUUUCAAGACCAGAAAAGGAGACACACAAAACCUUUGCAGUCAGCCUCGGAGAGGCCAUCUCGUGAUCAGAGCAGCAGCAGGCAGCCUGCAGACUCAAGACGUACUUCCAACAUGACCACAGCGGGUGUUUUUGUGCUCCUCUCCUUUGUGCUUUGCUGCUUCCCAGAUGCUGCCUUUGGGGUUGAGGUGGACUGCAGUACGUACCCCAACACUACAAAUGAGGAAGGCAAAGAGGUGUUGGUCUGCGCCAAGAUCCUCAGCCCCAUCUGUGGUACUGAUGGAGUCACCUACAGUAAUGAGUGCCUGCUGUGUGCCCACAACAUAGAAAAUGGAACCAAUGUCGGCAAAGACCAUGACGGAAAAUGCAAGGAAACUGUCCCUCAGGUGGACUGCAGUAGGUAUCCCAACACAACAGACGAGGAAGGUAAAGUGGUGUUGCUCUGCAACAAAGAUGUCAGCCCCGUCUGCGGGACUGAUGGGGUCACCUACGACGACGAGUGCCUGCUGUGUGCCCAUAACCUAGAGGCUGGAACCAGUGUUGACAAGAAAUAUGACGGUGAAUGUAAGAAGGAAGACACUACAGUUGACUGCAGUGACUACCCUAAACCUGUUUGCACACUUGAGUACUUGCCUCUCUGUGGCUCUGACAGCAAAACAUACAGCAACAAGUGUAGCUUCUGCAAUGCUGUCGUGGACAGCAAUGGGACUCUCACUUUAAGCCAUUUUGGAAAAUGCUGAGUAUCAGUGCUGAGAGAAUUCACCACAGGAUCCCCACUGGCAAAUCCCAACUAAAAAUCUCACCUCAGUUCAUCUUGCUCUCUGGGGAACUCAGCUCACUCCUGAUUUUCUUUCUCAAUAAACUAAAUCAGCAACA